CCGGAAGUGCCCCGGGGCGAUGGCGGCCAUGGCGGCGGCCGCGGCGGAGCCCCGGUGAGGGCCCGGAGCCCCCGAGCGCGCCCGGGGCCGCCCCCGGCAGCGCCUCCCUGGCCGGGGGGGGCCGCAGCGGCGGCGGCGGGGCCGCGGCGAAGCUGGCGGAGCUGGGGCGCGGGGCGGCCGGGGCCGGUACCGGCGCCGGUACCGGGAUGAUGCGGAGCCAGUGCCUGCUCGGCCUCCGCUCCUUCGUGGCCUUCGCCGCCAAACUCUGGAGCUUCGUGCUCUACCUGCUGCGGAGGCAGGUCCGCACCGUGAUCCAGUACCAGACCGUGCGCUACGACGUGCUGCCCCUGUCCCCCAUCUCCAGGAACCGCCUGAACCAGGUGAAGAGGAAGAUCCUGGUGCUGGACCUGGACGAGACCCUGAUCCACUCCCACCACGACGGCGUCCUGCGGCCCACGGUGCGGCCCGGGACCCCCCCCGACUUCAUCCUCAAGGUGGUGAUCGACAAACACCCCGUGAGGUUCUUCGUGCACAAACGGCCCCACGUGGAUUUCUUCCUGGAGGUGGUGAGCCAGUGGUACGAGCUGGUGGUGUUCACGGCCAGCAUGGAGAUCUACGGCUGCGCCGUGGCCGACAAGCUGGACAACAACCGCAGCAUCCUCAACCGCCGCUACUACCGACAGCACUGCACGCUGGAGCUGGGCAGUUACAUCAAGGACCUGUCGGUGGUGCACAGCGACCUGUCCAGCAUCGUCAUCCUGGACAACUCCCCCGGCGCCUACCGCAGCCACCCAGACAACGCCAUCCCCAUCAAGUCGUGGUUCAGUGACCCCGGGGACACGGCCCUGCUCAACCUGCUGCCCAUGCUGGACGCGCUCAGGUUCACGGCCGACGUUCGCUCCGUGCUGAGCCGCAACCUCCACCAGCACCGCCUGUGGUGACCCCGGAGCCCCCCGGGACCCCCGGGACCCCCCCCGGGGACCCCCCGGGACCCCCGGACGGGACCCCCGGACCCCUCCCCCACCUUGGGGGGACACAGCCGGGGGCGCCCCUCCCCCCACGGGGACAACGCCAGCACCGAGGGGACCCCGGGACCCCCGGGAUGAGACCCCCGGGAUGAGACCCCCGGGACCCCCGGGCCGGACUCUGCGCCCCCCCCUCAUUUUUUUGGGGGGCGGGGGGAGGGAA